GCUGGUGGGUUCUUCCGUGAUCCAGUAUUUAUGGGAUCAUAAUUCUUCGAAAUGGCAUUGCGUUUAGCUUGCCUAUAAAGCUGCACAUAAUCUGUUUCAUUCAAGUUUUAAGGUCUUGAAUAUCUAAAAAUAAAAAUAAGAGGUCUUUAUUUAUUUUCUAUGAAUCGGUUUUGGCAAUUCAAAGCAAAAAAAUUGAAAAAAAAAAGAUUUCCUUUUUCCUUUCAAUUUGUUAUGGGCCCCGGACAAAGUUAAUCUGUCCCAUUUGUCUUAAUCUACCCAACCCUGGCGCUACGCAGGCCAGGCCCAUCUCUAGCCGGGCAGCUCACACAGAACAUAUUCUCUUUGAAACGACGAUUGCGUCCUCGUUUUAGUGGGGAACCGUUUCGAUCGAUUGGCCAAAGCAAGGAGAUCUCGUCUCAAGUGUGUUAAGUUGCAGAAAAGGUGAAUUCUAGAAUUGAGUAGCUAUGGGAGGUCAUGGAGGGUUAAAUAUUUUGCCCCAGAAACGUUGGAAUGUUUAUAACUUUGAGAACAGAGAGAAAGUCCGGAAGGAUGAAGAAGCUGCUGCAAAGGAAGAGCAGCUAAAGCGUGAGCAGGCAAGAAAAAGGGAUGCUGAGUUCCGUCUUGAGCAGCUUCGGGCUGCUCGUGGCUUGGCUCCAUUAACUAAAGCUGGAGGUGCAGAGCCUGCUUCUGGGCCUGUGGAGGUUGUUGAAUCGGAAUCCAAAUCUGGUCACAUUAAUCUCUUUGAAGGGAUCAAGAUUUUUGACCCCAUUAAAGGCUUGGAGAAGGAAGGAGCUGCUGAAAAAGAUGGGUUCAAGAGGAAGAAAUUGAAGAAAGAGGAGGUGGCACCCAAGCCUGUGGCGCCAGAGGAUGAGAAGUAUAGGUUGGGUUAUGGGAUUGCUGGAAAGGGAGUUAAGUUGCCAUGGUACCUGGAGAGGCGGAAUGUUGAUGUUGAAGAGGAGAGUGAAAAUGAUAGAUCAGAAAGAGUGGAGAAGGAUGAGGGGAGGAAAACUGGGAGGAAGACGAUAGAAGAGUUGAGGGAAGAACGUUUGAAGAGGGAGAGGCGGGAGAAGGAGAGGCAACGGGCAUUGCUAAUAGAGAAGAGCAAAACAGAUAGGAGUAGGACCCUGAAGGAUAGAAGGCUUUCCACGAGGUGAGCUCAGAGAAGCCAAAGCUUAUUCUGAGUUUGACGUUUGUAUAUUCCUAUCGUAGACUUGUUUGAAUUUAUGGGGCUAUCAGUCCUUUCGGUAUUUGUAAGACUAGAAUCCAUUUUGAAUUUCGUCAAUAUUUGAUUUCACAGAAUAUUUCAUAA